GUUUUUAAAUGUAAUUUUCACACAAACAUCGAUGCUUAUUUCACUUUAAGUUUUAUAUAGCUUUAAACGUAACGAAAAAUUUUUUCGAUUUAAAUAGUAAUAAAAAAAAGUAAUGAUAAUAAAUCAAGAGCAAGUACUCGAUUAGCAAGUUUCGCGCCAAAACAUGAUAGAGACUUGAUAGAGAAACGAUAACAAAAGAGGCGUCAACAAAGCGGUGUUUGCAGCGCGUGCGGUCGCCAUGACAACUACAGUUUUGCUCGGUGGCGUUUGAACGGCUGCAUAGAGUCAACAUGCAACCGCUGUUCACUACAGUAUUUUGAGAGGAAAAUACGUACCUGCCAAAUACAUUCAGAAAUGCAGAAGAAUUUGCAUCUAGACGACAUUAUAUCAAAGAUACCAUCCCUUGACUCUGACCUAUCAUCAUCAGACAAUGAAGGAGAGAUGUCUGUUCUAAAGCAACUAACGUUAGUGACUCACUUACCGAAAGGAAGCAGCAUGAACCUGGAGUGUCCAAAAGUCAAGCCAUUUACUUCCUGGAUGGAUGAUAGCCAAAAAGGUGACUCUAAUCCUCGGCUUCCUGUGGGUCACAAAACAGAAGAAUCGCUGAAUGAAAAAGUGCCAGAGAAAACAGAACACAAUGUGCCUUUGCAACAAAAAGCAAACAAGACUGAUUGGAUAGAGACCGAGUUCUGUCCUGUUUUAUCACUGACACCUCUUGAUACCUGGGAUCUUGACCAAGUCCUUCAGACUCUACAGCAACACAAACCUCUUGUCAAGCCAAUUCAGUCCGAUACAUGCAGAGGCAAUGAGAGUGAAAUUAAUGAAAAUGAUUUAAUGAAGCAGCUGGUUGCUUUUUGUGAGAAGAAAGUAAAUGAGAUGGAAAUAAAGACACAUGUUUCAUCUACGAAAACUCAUAAUAUACAAGAAUCAUCCCUCAGAUAUACUGGGCAACAGAUGAAUGAGACCUCAGCACAAUUACAACACAAUCAAGAUUCUCCAACCAUAUAUAUUGAUUUGCGCAACAAUGCAUUUCAAACGAAACAAUCAGUCAUUAGCCAGAGUAACAGCGUCGUAAGUCCUGCAAACCCAGACAAGAAAAAGAGCUCCACUAAGAAAACGUCUAACACUAAUGCAAGAGCAAAUGGACAGAAAAGAGAAUUUUCUGGGAAGAGUUUAUUACUCCGAAAAAUGAGACAGUCAGAAGAAAGUAUGUUAGAGAUGUCUGGGAGCUGGAGAAAUCCUCAAGAUUUUGCUGGGGAUAAGCAGAAAAACUCUUCAGGGAAAAGAAUAAAGGAAAACCAUGAUUCUGAAACUAGCUGCAAUGAACCUGGUAUUCGGCAGGUCAGUGUCUGCUGUCCUACUGUGAAACAUGACCAACGUAAACAGAAUACUCCAUCUUCUCACAUUCCAGCUGCUCGAAACAAACAAAGAGAGCAACACAGUCAUAAAUUCAGAUGGCAGAAGGAUCUGAAGUUCUUGCAAGCAUUCAGACCUGAAUAUCUUAAUAACUGUCCGGAAGCUGCUGAGAGGACUGAUAUUCUUUAUGAGCCUGAAGUAUCCUACCUUCCUUCAGUGAACACUCUACCUCCAGAUCUACAGAUGAAGGAGUGUUUGCUGCUGACUGUGUCCUUAUCCAGUCCUGGGGUGGUGGCUGGAAGAACACAGAGAAAAACAAAGACAAAGGAUUCAGCCUUGAUCAAAUCACAUGUUUACAAUGCACUCAUAGCAUGGUUCAUGUCUUUGACUGAUCCAAAAACCUGUGGGAGAAAAGGUAACAAGCUUGAUGCCCCUUUCUGGGUGGCUGGGCUGCAGCAGUUUUACAAAGAAGAUGGCUUGGCCUUGUACAUCUGUGCCAUGUCUCACGAGGAUUGUCGAACUGGCUGUAGAAAUUCCCGGAUGAAGAAGGUGGAAAGCGACGAGAGCUUGUUUUAUAGACGAGUUUGCAAGUUCUUUGCACAGACGCCAUUGAAGACUGUUGCCUUCUGGGUACCUCAGCUUAAUCAUUUGCUGGAGGAACAGGCUUAUCCUACCCUUGUCCACUUACCCUCAUCCUACCUGGACUGCUUCAUCUCUGUCAACCCAAAUCAAGAGGCUGUUGAAAAGGUCUUUAGUAUGAUCCCAAGUUUCUACUGGCAAACUCUGGAAACAGAAGAUCAAAAAUGUCAAAGCACAGAAGCCACAAUUUCUCAAGAGUGCCAUACUGAGACAGCACUUGUUCUGAUAGGCAGGGCACUGUUUCUUAACCCACUGGCAAUGCAUCACGCACUUGAGCUUAUGUGGAGAUCAAGUCUAGAUGUAUGUGGUAUCCGCUUCCUAUAUCCGCCCCAAGAGCUCCUGACAAACUUUGCAGUCAGCAAGUCAGUUAUGCAUGAAGGGGAACAUUCUCAUCAGCCAGUGCUCAUCAUGGCUUUCCGGGGUCCUCACGCUAACUCAGUGUGGCAGGAGAUCACAGGGCCAUCAGACCCGCAGCUGGCAAGGCGGACAGAUCCAGGAUCCAUCAGUGCCCUGUACGGUCACAGUCAAGACCAGCCCCUGCUCUACUCACCCCGUCUUGCCAGUCUUGUGCAUCUGGGGCUCUGCUUGUGGUUUGGUGGUAGAAUAGCAAAAAAGAGCCUGUCAACGAUCCAGGACUCUGGUGACAAAGGAGUCAGAUGUUCCCAUGUUCUGACCUCUUCUCCAGCAAGUUUAUGUGCCACAGUGAAAGCGGAUAUAUUUCUCCUUGUGUCUCCUGUGGUUGGACCACGCUGUUACAGCUAUAUACUAUCUGCAUGUGCAAAAACAGGCUUCAGUCUAUUGGGACUUCAAAGAGCACAGAUCUCCAGGAAACAAGCUCAAUCUCUGGGACUCACCGCAGUGCAGGUAGCAGCAUUCUGUCAAGCUCCCACAGUGUUUCUGGCUGGAGAACAGGUUGAGCUGUCCUCUCAUUGCCUGGUGCUGCUCAUGAGGAGAGAAAGUGCAGUUAGACACUGUUCCAGACUGCCGAUAGGUUUGAUGAAUGAGCUUGCUGCACAAGGCCUUAUUGGAUCGAUCCGUUCAAGAUUCACAGACGUUCUGGGUCCACAUGUCUGCUUUCAUACUGUACCCUACUCUAAAAACUACCACAAUGUUCUGGGUGGGCUCAUGUGGACAGUGCCGGAGUGUAGCCACAUGGUCUUGUCCAAACACACAUAUCCCUCUUGUCCAGAUGCAGAGCAGGUGGUGAUUCUCACACUUACUGGUCAAAACAUUGUGGAGAAUGAAAUGGACUUUCUUCAGAAGGUUCUCAGUGGAGAUUCAGCAGGACAAGAGGGAUUUGAGUUGCUUGCACUAAAGUGGGAGCCACAGCUGUCUCAGCAGCAGGCACAAGAGUUGAGCCCGUUUGAGAUCGGAGAAAAAGAGUGGCAGAGCAGUGUGCAGAGCUUGACAUCCACUCCUGCCCUGGUUUUGGGUUUGAGGAGGGUGAGGGCAUUUGUCACCCUACGUAGACUUUUACCACAAAAUUACCCAGGUAACCUGCAUGUAUUGAUGUCCCCCACGCCUGAGACAGCUUUCAGACAGACCUGCCUCUUCUUCUCUAAGGCAGAAUUGGUCCCUGAUCACACUAGUCGUCCAUCAUUGAAAUUCUUACCGCCUCAUCACACUGACACUCCUGGUCUCAGAAGUCAGUUGCUUUACAGUUACAUGAGAGAGGGCCCAGAGUCACUUUUGACUCUAGCUCUGUUUAAGCCUGGAGCCUGGAGCCAUCACUUUGGUAAAAUUCUUACCGUAAUCAAACAGAACGGAUAUACUCUAGUGGGCUUGCGUGUGCUUCUGCUGGACUCGAGCAUGGCAAAUGCACUGACACAUCCACCAGAGCAACAGGAUCCCAUUGAGGAACUGGAGUUGAAGUACUUGAUAUCAGGCCCCUCACUAGCUUUGGGUUUACUGAGAGUGAAUGCAAUAAAGAGGCUGUUGGAGCUGAUGGGCCCUGAGGAUCCUGUUGAAGCCCGUACCAUAGACCAGACUCUAUGGAGGGCCCAGUAUGGCUCUGACAGGCUGCAUAAUGGCAUCUAUGGAUCUCCGUCUUAUCGAAAGGCUGUAGAAGACAUAAAACUGGUAUUUCCUGAGGGUGUGUGCUGCAAUGAAACUUUAGUUAUGAGACAUGAGCAGAUAUCCUGCAUGCAUUCAGAUCCUGAAGCUAGAUUGGAUCGGGAACAGCUCCACACAUUUAGAACUCCUGAUAAAGACAAAUUUUCUUCAGGAUUCAGUCAAGUAGGGCCUUUGGUCUGCAGUGCACUUUGUCAGACCACCUGCCUGCUGAUACCUUCCAACCUCCUGCGGCAGAAUCAACCACCUCUGUACUCAGAGCUACUGCAGCGGCUGCUUAGGACAGGCUGCCACCUGGUGGCUGGAAGGCUCUGCACACCAGAUGAGAAACAAAGGCAGCACAUGUGCGAGUUACUGAGGUCAUCUGCUGGUGAAGCACUUCUAUGUGAAGGCCCCUGCCUGAUCAUUGCUUUGCAAGCAGACAAUGCCAUCACUUGUUUUGACAUCAUUCUCGAGAGCAUUUGCAGGGAGAGACCUGACUUUAAGAGAGUUACAAUGAAACUUCUUUACCCAAAGUCUGAAAGUGGGGCAGUGAAAUUGCUGUGUUACCUGUUUGAUGAUCUCUAUAUUGACAGUCAUCCAUAACCACCAUAACCAGGAGUUAUUCCAUAAUAGAUGCAUGACAGAUGCAAGACAAGAGUGAGAGGGUGAAUGCAAAUGCAUACGUUUCCUGUCUGGCCGUUGUUACUGGCACUGCUGGUGAUGGAAUUCAUGUUGCUGCUCCACUCGCUGACUGGACACUCU